UCAACAAGAUGGCCUUCCUCUCCUCUCCUCUCCUCUCCUCUUCUCUCCUCUCCUCUCCUCUUCUCUCUCUCUGCCGCUCUGACACUGAUUAUUUUGGUAUCCCCGAGAACACAUACCGUGAAAGCUUCUAGUGUCACUUCUAAAUAGAUAGUGGGGAGAGUCCUAACAAGGCGUAGAGUCCGCUAGACUCUGUCCAGAGAGCUGACAGCCACACAAAGCCUCUGUAGCAGCAGAACCAGCAGAACCAGGAGGUCGAUCACAGAGACGAGCUGCUGGCUGAUGUCGACGUUAGCUGCUAGUUGCUAGCGUUAGCUGCUAGCGACGUGGACACGGAUAGUUAACUCGUGUCACCUGCAUUUCACCAGACAAACUGGUUCUGUUAGAGGAGAAUACAACCAGGAAAACACUUGUCAUCGACUUGUUUGCUGGUGAAGAAGGUUGUCUUUGCUGCGAAAGGUUGUAUGCCCAGUGUUGCCGGUGACCUUGGUGACAGACAGUGCCCAUUAGGUUGGCACUGGGAGAGGGAGCCGACAAUGAGAGCUCUGGCUCUGGGUGCUUGCUGGCCAGCAUAGAUGCCGAUAUGCCCCGGUGGUCCGCAUCCUGAUGGAUCGAGACACCUUCUCCCACAUCCGCCUGUGGUGCCCCCGCCCCUUUGGCACCUACUCACAGAACAAAGCCAGGAGCCCAGGCUCGGGGGGCAGUGGUGGAGGCGGAGGCGGUGGCGGGACGGGGUCCCCCUCCCUCUGCAAGGCUGAGCCCUCUCCAGGUGCCAGAAGGACCGUGGAUGGAAGCGAAGAUGGAGGGAUGAUAGUGGGCGUGCAGGAGGAGACUGGAGAAGAGGAGGAUGCGGGUUCAGAGAACACUCCACCCGAACCUGAGCUCGUCCCCAGCUCCCUGACACCGAGCCAGGCCCCUCCGCCCUCUUCAGCCCCUCCCUCUCCGCCCUCUGCCGGGUCCCAGAUGGAAGAUGGCCGCGUGCUGUUAGACACCUGGUAUGUCAUUAAGCCAGGCAACACCAAGGAGAAGAUCGCCUUCUUUGUUGCACACCAGUUCAGUGGAGCAGGCCAGCCCAGACCAAGCGCCAUGAAGGUUAAAGGUAACUGGGCAACUGACUGCAGUAAAGCCAAAAGACGAAGACGAUGCUCAUCCUAUGACCCUCCGACACGCUCCCAAGCCUCAGAGCCAAACCUCAGCCAUGACUCCUCGCUUGCGCCUCCUAGCUCUGAUGAGCCUCCUCUAGGAGGAGUGAACGAGACGGACCUGCUGUCUGUGGCAGAGAUGGUCGCUUUGGUUGAGCAGAGGACUGCCAUGGCCCUCCAGGGGAUCGUGGCUGUUCAUGGGAAUCAACAUCAAGAUGAGUCCCCAAACACCACUCACAGUCAGGGCCUUACCCCGCACCAGCACACUCUACUCCGGGGCACGGUGUCGGACCCCACUCCUAUCGUAUUUGUGUCAGACAGUUCAAAUGGCCAGCCCUCCAAAGAGGCCCAGGAGCUGUCGUCGUCUCCCAUCCAGACAGACCAGGAGCUGGAGGAGCAGCAGGAGUCACUGAGGGUGGCCCAGGCCAUAGCGCACUUUGAGUCCCAGAACCAGGAGAAUCAGUUCAAUCUGGGCGCUGGUCCUGGAACAGACUCUCCUUCUAAUCGCGACCGAGAAAAAGAGCGAAGGAAAGGAGGGGAGUCCGGCAUUGUAACGCCUCCUCCGCCCCCCAGCCACAGUCAUGGUGAGGUUAGAAUAGCUUUCCGAGUGUCAAAUCUGGAUCCACGGUCUCAGCUGGAGCCAGCUGGCAGAUCCCGCUGUAUGUUUAUGAGCUGUGGCGGCGGGGGUAACCAGGCAGCGGCCAGGGCCAAAGAGAAAAUCACCUGCGACCUCUACCAGCUAGUCAGCCCCUCGUCCAGAGACCCCAGUAGUCUGCUGCUUGCCGCCACAAAUGCUGCCCCCAAACCAGAUGGAGACCUCCAUCACCCGGACAGGCCGACCUGUGGCAGCCCCGACCCGACCCAGGAGGAGAAGAAGGCUGUGGGGAGGGAACGAGUGACUGGCUUCCAUGUGGAGGUGGUGGUGACAGGUGCUGUGGAUCAAUGUGUAUUUUUUGGCAAGGACAGUACAGAGAAUGUGCAGGAGGAGACGGUGUGCUUCGCUAUGCCCAGUGGGGGGGGAGGUAGCGGGGGUGUAGGCAGCUCCAGUGACCCUUCAUCAGAUGACCCCCCUCCUGGACAACUCUUCUUCCUCCAGCCCCCCCGGGGCCCAGAGGAGGAUGUAAAAGGAACGGGCAUUGGCAGCGGGUCAGGAAUUUGCUCUUUGGACUGUGCCAACAACAACGGCCCUGGGGCAGGGGUGGCGGUGGGUUCAGGGGAGCGGGCAACUCGACCAGACUCUCCCAGCGUUGGGGAGGACUGCUCCGACCCUUCGCUGUGCCGCCUCUACCGCCACGUGUCCCACGACUUCCUGGAGAUCCGCUUUCAGAUCCAGCGCCUCCUCGAGCCGCGCCAGUACAUGCUGCUGCUGCCCGACCACAUCAUGGUCAACAUCUUCAGCUACUUGCCGACGCGCUCGCUGGCGGCCCUCAAAUGCACCUGCCACUACUUUAAGGUGUUGAUUGAGACUUACGGGGUGCGGGCUGUAGAUUCACGCUGGAAUCAAGACCCUCUCUACAGGGACGACCCCUGCAAGCAGUGUAAGCGGCAAUACGAGCGCGGGGACGUUUCCCUGUGCCGUUGGCACCCCAAACCUUACCACCACGACCUGCCUUAUGGACGCUCCUACUGGAUGUGCUGCCGGCGUACAGACAAGGACACGCCGGGCUGCCGCGUUGGGCUUCACGAUAACAACUGGGUCCAGCAGCCUGCUGAUGGCUCGCAGCCCAUUCGCGCCAAGAGGGAGGACAGGAGGGAGGAGGCCAGGUAGAGAGGGAAGAGUACACCUCACACACUCAUCUCCUCCUGCUCACCUCCUUCUUGCUCCCUCUCGUCUCUGUUCAGAGGACGAACACAAGGACCCUGUUCAGACCUGGCAGUAACAUGUGUCCUGAGUGAUCCAAACACAAGUGGACAGCUCUGAGUACGUUUGUUCACAUUAGAAUGCGUCUCCGGUGACAACUUGUGACCCAAUCUCACUUCCCCACUCUAUAUGCAAAUAAACACGUAUAAACACACGGCUAAUACAGCAGACGUUGUGACGUAAUAUUACAGGAAUGUCAGUGGUAAUAUCCUACAUGUUCGUAAAUUCGGGUACAUUUUAUUAACAUGAAAAUAUAAGGUUAUUGUACUGGCGGUCCCCGGGGAUUUCCCCGCUGCCGGCACCGCUGCCUUUGAAUGACAACAACGGUGUUCAGAGCUUCAGAGAGCCAGGGAUGAGAGCGGGUGGACGGGCAGGUGUCAGCUCUGUGCAAAGCACCGGAACAAAAAUAUCAACACAUCUCAGACAGUAUGAUAACAAUGCACUUCACAUGCCAAGUCUGAUGGUCUGUAGAUAAGAUAUAUUUUAAUAAAAUACAGUUGUACCGACAGAAUACAGUAGAGCACAGAAGCCGUUUCCAAGCUGCCAGGCAGACAAGCGCUCGCCACAAGAGUGUAUUCAUAUGUGGUCCAGACCACCUCUGUAUGCGGUCUGAAAGAUCAGAUCUCAAUGCCUCUUGAGUGCAUUAUUCACACUUGUACUUAGAGCUGUCCACUUGUGCUCCGAUCACUGAGUACGCAUGUUAAUACCAGGUCUGAAUGGGGCCAAGGAGGAAUCAGCACUCCAGGACUGUUUGUUUUUCUUUGCUCCAGCACUCCUUUCUCGUACCCUCAGUGGAGGGAAGUUGAGAGGUAAAGAAGGAAGAGAGGUGUGUCACUCUCCUUGCCUUUUUGUUUUCCAAGCCCUCCAGAAUCCCUCUCUUUCUCCCCCCCACUGUGCUCCAGAGUGGCACCUUUAUAAAAGUUUGCAUACCAGGGUUGGGGUCCCCUCCUGCUGCUGUCGGUCAGCCCUCUUUCUGCCUCGUACUCAUUCGGGUUUCUGUCUAACUCCACACACGGCUGUUAGGUAAUUCAUGUGAAAACUUUUGCAGUGUAUUUGAUUGAGAUUAGCAUUCAUAAAGUGACGCAUAGAAAUGUAUUGCCCUAGAGCCUGCUUACUGUUCCCAAUACUUGUUCUGUGUCGUAUCACAAACCUCCAUAUUAUAGCUGUACAAUGGUGCUUCAAGGAAUGAGCUGAGAUGUUUUUUCAGUGGUGGAAUGUCCAGCGUCACUAUAGAAAUGUGAUUGUAUAAAGCAAACUUGAUUUUCCGUUGUACAAGAUGCCAUUUGUACCUGUCCGGCGCCAUGCGUUUCUAUCUCUCUGAAUGUGCUGUAACGUUGUACUAUGUUGAUUAGUCCCCUGAUAAUGCUGCUGAAAUCAUUGCCUGUGUCACUGACGUUCUGAAAUAGCCAUAUCAUUGGUUAAUGAUGGGCACGGUCUCUCCAUACUAAGAGACCUGUCUGCGUCAUUGUUUCAGAGUGGACCCUAACCUUGCUGACCAGCCAUAAAGAGGAGUACUUUCUGGUUUACAGAGAAUUAUGGGAGAUGGACUUUAUUGAUUUAAGACCAGAACGGGAUUAAAAAGAGAAACUUGAUGUCACUUUGGAAAGGCCUGAUGUCACUUUGUAUGGUUUGAUUGACUUGCUUUGUUUUUUUGUUUUAUUGGGGUGUGUGUAAGAGAAUGUUUGCUGUUGUAUUUUGCUUUUAUUCUUGAGGACUGUGUUCUCCCUGUAUCAGUCUGUCGCCCUACUCCACCUGCAAAGAUGUAUUUUUAAAAUCUUUGUUUUAACCCUCCCAGCUCUCUUCCUUUCCUCCCCCCCCUCCUCCGUCCUCCGAUUCGGCAGAGGGCAGCGUUUUGCCAAAGCCGUCAUUCAUGCUUCGAAGCGGGUGAAACAAACUACCACAGACCGCAGAAACUCUCUACACCAGCUUCCAGCCUUAAAACCCCCUUACCUCUUACCACCCACCCUGCAGGAGAUUGAGGCGUCAGAUACCUCACAGAUGAUCAAGAGUAUUGGGAGUUGCACAGGACCCUGUAGGCGGCUACAUUUUAGAUGGACUCCAUCCAGCUCCACUGGAUCCACCCAUGACUCUUAGUGUGGGAGUGUAAGAUGAACAGUGCCUGGUGACGGCUCUGACUCUUCAUUCUUGGAAAAACCCUCUUUCUCUGUCUCUCUCUCUCUCUCUCCUCCUCCCCCGCUCUCUCCCUCGCUGUUGAACUCCCCCUUCUACUCCUGCAAGCUGACAGACUGGACAUUGAUGUGAUGAAUGAUGCUGAAACUCUGCAUGGAGGUGGGAAGAUGGUUGGGUAUUCAUGGGAGAACUCUGUAGGUUCCAGACAUGUACAAUGCUAAUGGGAAAUAUCUGCUUAAAUAAAAACAGAAGUGAUGAUUAAAACUGGAAAUCUGAA